UCAGUCAAAAGCACCGCCUUUCCUUCUCCGCUAAGUCCUUCCAUUUCAUUCAGCUCUCUCUAUCAGUUUCCCUUCACAAAACGUGGGAGAUUUCUCGACCCAAAUCCAAAAUUUCCUCAAGGUUCCACAAGGAACGAACCAUUUUUAUUCAUACAUACAUUUUCUUUUUCUUUUCAUUACCCCAUUUUAACUAUUACCUUUUGAUUCAGACUGUCGAUUUCUUCUUUCACAAUAUAAAUCAUCCGUUUGAUUCUUUUUCCUAUCAAACAAAUCUGUGGUUCUGUGUUUCUCUUUUUGAGCAUGUCCCAAAGGAACCCAUCUUAUUCUAAUCCAACACCAUGCAACCAUCUCGCUGAUUACAAGCUCAGAUAUGGAUUAAACGGCUAUAAAUCCAUUCAAAAUCAUUUUAAAACUGCCCCAAAUGGCAGAACCAGUAUUCAAAACCCCGAUUCGAAGCUACCCAGAUGCGGUUCUUGUGAUGGGUAUAAAGGAAGACUUUACAUAUGCUUGAUUUGUGCCUCAAUCUCUUGUUCAGAUCAUACCCCUCUUCAUAACCAGUCUGAAAAAGGCCACGAUUUAGCUGUUGAUGUUGAGAGAGCUGAGCUUUUUUGUUAUGCUUGCUCCGAUCAGGUUUACGAUCCUGAUUUUGAUCGGACGGUGAUGUCGAAGCACAUCGUCGUCGCUGUACCGGAGAAAUCGCAAUCGCAAUCGGCGGCAGAGAGUAUUGGGGAGCGAUCGAGUAAGAGAAGGAGAUUGGGAUCUGUAGAUUUGUUGGAUUUGAAGAAUUUGAAACCGUUGAUUUCUGUUAAAGAUCAGCGGUCGAAAUCGUGCUAUCCUUUGGGAUUGAGGGGAUUGAAUAACUUGGGCAAUACAUGCUUUAUGAACUCUGUUCUUCAAGUGUUUCUUCAUACUCCUCCAUUGAGCAAUUACUUCUUGAAUGAUCAGCACAACCGUGAAACUUGCAGCAAAAGACCCAUGGGGCAGCUGUGUUUGCCUUGUGACAUUGAUUAUAUUUUUUCUGCUGUGUUUUCUGGUGAUCAUGUGCCUUAUAGUCCAGCUCAAUUUCUCCACAGGUCUGCCAUUCACUCUGCAAAUUUAGCAUGUUAUGAGCAGCAGGAUGCCCACGAGUUCUUCAUCUCAGUUUUAGAUCGAAUCCAUGAGCGAGAACAGAAAUCUAGGAGCCAAGAUAAAGAGAAUGGAGAUUGCAAAUGUAUUGCUCACAAGGCCUUCUCUGGACAGUUGAGAUCAGAUGUCACCUGUAUGACUUGUGGAUUCACUUCAACAACUUAUGAUCCAUGCGUGGACAUUUCACUUGACUUGGACACCCAGGAUUUCUCUUCUAGAAAUAUAGCUGGCAAGUCAGCAAAGCCGGCAGAUUUCAGCAGUAAGUCUACACUAUCUGGUUGUUUGGAUCUUUUCACAAGACCGGAAAAGUUGGGAUCCGACCAGAAACUUUUCUGCCAAAAUUGUCAAGAAAAGAGAAAUUCAGUGAAACAAAUGUCUAUCAGAAGGCUGCCGCUGGUCUUGUGUUUGCAUAUCAAACGAUUUGAACACUCCUUUGUCAGGCGAACAUCGAGAAAAAUCGAUCGGUAUUUGCAGUUUCCUUUCUCCCUUGACAUGAUCCCUUAUCUGUCCUCAUCUAUUAUCAGAAACAGAUAUGGGAAUAGGAUUUUUGCUUCUGAGGGGGAUGAAUUAGAUGCUUCAUCAAAGUUUGAGAUAUUCGCUGUGGUUUCCCAUUCAGGGACGCUCGAAUCUGGCCACUACGUGACGUACUUGCGUUUGAGAAAUCGAUGGUAUAAAUGCGAUGAUGCCUGGAUCACGGAAGUUGAUGAAGAAAUGGUGAGAAACUCUCAGUGUUAUAUGAUGUUUUAUCUACAGAAAAUAGCCAACCACAAAUCAAAUGACGAAUUGAGCUGCCUUCCUAUUUCCCCGCGCAAUGAUGCAUUCCAACAAAUUGCUGGUUGCUGUUAAUACUGAGAUUUGCCUAAGGUUCCCACAUUAUGCAUCACACAUUCAAGGCCGACUAAGGAUCCAAAUGAAAGAUCGAACAAUCGGUUGUACUUCACAGAAAGAAUGUGUUAGAUAUCGACACAUAUUCUUGAUUAUUUCUGCUGUUGUGCCUCUACUGGAAUGCCAGAAUUUCGUCACCAACUACACUCCGGAAAUUAAUCGGAUGAAUGUGACCUUAAGAGGGUCGUUAAGGCUCAUACAACAGGAUGAUGUGAUAUCGAAAACGUUGCGUCUUCGAAAGAUGAAGAUGCCAACCAUGUCAAUUCAGUGAUGGCAUGUGGGCAAGAACAGAUGCGUAUGUGGUUUGUAAAAGCAUUGAUGAGCCAUACAAGGCUUUUUUUUUUCUUUUCCUUCUUUUUAAUAAGAAAGCCAAAGGUGUAAGAAAUUCAAAAGUGAAUCACUUGAAAACUGUAAUAAGUUUAAAAGCCUCUGCUCGUCAAGAGAAGUUCCAAUUUCUGCAUAGUUCAAA